UAAUAUAUAAAUUACAAGAUAAAAUAGAUUAAAGAAGUGCAUUAGAUGGUGUGCAAAAAUGAAAGUGGACAAAUAUAGUGGGACGGAGGGAGAUAAAUACUUAAAAUGAACACCCUCAAGAAAGUACAUCUUACAUCGUAGAAGGGUAGAGGAGAGCUAAAAAACAAUGGCGUUGCAGUGGGUAAUUCUAACUUACAUCGUGGCAGCUGAGGCCGCCGUUGCUAUUCUCCUCACGCUGCCGUCGCCGAAGCCUCUCCGGUCUCGGAUCGUCUCGCUCAUAUCUCAAACCCUUCAGCCUUUACUCUUCAUCGUUCCCUUCGCUGCUUUCCAGCUCCUCGAUAUAUAUUGGAAGAAUGAGCACCGUUUGAUGUGCACAGGUGAGGUCUGCACUGCCACCGAGAGAUCGCUAUGAGAAAUCGAUAUACAAGGCUCAAAGGAAUGGCAUCCUUUGUGUGGCAGGAUGCCUCCUCUACUGGUGCAUCUACCGUGUGUGCAAGUACAACAAGGACAUCCAGAGCUUGGAGGAUGCGGAAAGGAAAAUCAAGAACCAGUAGCCCUAUAUUUCCCAGUAUUUUGGUUUGUGAUGCCACCAUGCGUUGGGUCAUCAUGUACUUUAUUUUAUGAUGACCAAUGUGCCCGUUCUUUGUGCGGUUUGUGGUUGUUCACGUCAGAGCAAUUGUUGAAGAAUUUUAGAUUUUGGAUGCUUGUUUGAAUUGUUACGUUGGUAUUGUGAUGUGAAGUGUCUAAUAAAUACUACUUCCUCUC